CCUCAGAAAGACGCGCCGAGGCGCUGCGCCGUCUUACGUCACGGGCGUGGGCGGGGCGUCGGGCGGCUCGUAGCCAAUCAGGACUUAGAUCGGCGGCUUGAAGACGGCGGUCUGCUGAGUGUCGGCUCCCGCUCAGAGCUGACUGAUUUAUAACUUCAGAAGAAACAAUGGAAAGCCAAGAAUUUAUUGUACUGUAUACUCAUCAAAAGAUGAAGAAGUCAAAAGUGUGGCAAGAUGGAAUUCUGAAGGUCACUCGCUGCAGAAACAAAGCAAUUUUAUACGAUGACAAAGGAGGAUGUUUGGAGAGUUUCUUUCUUAAGUGCCUCGAGGUGAAACCUGGAGAUGACAUAGAAAGUGACCGGUACUUAAUCACAGUCGAGGAGGUGAGAGCUGCUGAAGGCGUUGGUUUUGAGCAGGACGUGAUUAAGGAAGCACCCGUGCUCGGCUCACGGAGGACCGUGCCCACGGGCCGGUACCUGGGGUAUCAGCCCGCCGGCUUAAGGAGGAAGUUCCCUGGUUUUAAAGGACCGCGUCAGGUGCCAAAGAAAGUGGUUAUUAUGGAACACGGUGACUCAGCUGCAGCGUUCGAGGCUGAGGAGCCGGGGGGCCCCGUCCUUCUUUCUCCGUUCCCCAGUGCCCCAUGUUUGUUCGCCGCUGUGGGCAGCAACAGUGUGAAUGAGGUGCCAGCAGAUGCCGAGAACCGUGUCGUUCACAGGGAUCGAGAUGGACGUGGCCCACCCUUUUCAUCAGCUGCCUCCACUCCUUCCUGCAAGAUUAACGCGGAAAUGCCGUGUGAAGAAAGUGAUUUCUGCUCACCCUUUGGUUCUGUGAAUAAGCACUCAGAUUCCUUACUGACCAGCGAACCCAUGAAAAGGUGUAGCUUGACUUCUCACAGUUCAGGGACACCCCAGACUCACAGUUCAGGAGCACCCCAGAGCAUCAGGAGCAGAGCACAGAUAGUAGCUCUUCUGAAGUCCAGGCCAACUCGUACGUCCCAAGAAGUAAAUCAUGAGACCGUGGAACAUUUCCCUCCGGUGCAGCCCCUAGGAGGGUUAGAAGUCCCCACCCACCCAGACGGCUUAAUCGCACAGGAAGAGGGUGACGAUGUGGGGACAGAACGUCUGCACUGUCAGCGUCAAUCAGGAAAUACCGUGAAGAGUAAAAGCUGGUGGGCCACAUGUUUGUCCUCACAGCGUCCCUCUGCUCAUUCUUCUACCGUAGUUGGUAAUGAUUUAGAAAGGAGACUCCAGGCCCAAGGAGAUGAUACAGAUUUGAAUUUGAAAGACCUUUUGGUACACAGAAGGACACAAUUCUUGGAAUCACGUGCUGAGAAUGGGAGACAGUAUAAUGAAGACAAGCUAGCAGGUGAUGACAAUCCGUCCUGGGACCGGGAGGGAAGAUUAGAAGUUCCUUCACUCCGUGAAAGCAGCAGCUCACCUGCUACCUGCAGCAGCACCGGAAAUGGCCACUUGUUGUCAGAAUCUGACGUUCAAGAACAUGGUCAAGUACCUGUUAAUCAGAAUGACCCGACGUGCGUAAAAGGACCCAUUCUCCUCAGGGCAGGUGCUCUGGAGGUACACGAGUGUGGAACACCAGGAAAGGGGUGUGAGCAGGCGGUGUCUUGUCCGCCAGGACCUGAAAGUCUACAGACUGCGUCCUCACUGAGUACCAGUCAUGGCACCUCGGACACUGUCACUGACAUGUUUUCCGAAAGUGGCACUGAUAACGAAAGUCUUAGGACCAUUCCUGAGCCCAUGGAUUGUGGGACACAACCAGCUCUGGAGGUAACUUUUAACUUGAACAGCUUCGAAACCAGCGACACUGAGGAGGAGUCAUGGGAAAGCAGCAGAGGACCCCAGGAUUCUGAGGGUUGGGCGCAGGGCACUUUGCCACGUGGCUGCGGCGGGGAGGGUGGCCGUGGACACUGGCCUUUGCCUGCUGGUGAACCCGCAGAGACGAUUCCUGCGAAAGAGGCUCCACCACCAGGGUUUUGUGGUGACACUUGUGUAGGCUUUGACACAGGUGCUUGGGAAGCUGGAGGCCCUGCAGGAGACAUCAGGGAACUUGGGGACACGCUCAGCAGCUCUGACUCGUCGGGGUGGACCAAUGAUGUGUAUGCAGAUCAUGAAGAUGCCCGUAAAUCCACCCCAAAACUCGGAAGUAAUGAUGGUUUUGCUUCACUCCCGAAAGAACCGAAAGGUAUAAACAUGAAUUUCCAUUUUCCUCAUUUUUUAAACAGAGCCACUAAUCAGACUCCUGGAAACAACUGUUUUACCGCAGGAGGUGACUUAGAUCAAAAUGACGGACAGGUUUUGCCCACAGUCUCUGGUGGUGACAGUGGUGUCCAGCUAUUCGAUGCCAGUCAGAAUCACUCUGAAGAACACGCUGCGCUUGGCCAGUCAAACCCCCAAGUCUGCGGUUCGUGGUUUUACCCUCUGGGAGGAAAGCAGCCUGUUCCUGAAGACGCAGGAGCACAGAUUCCUGAACCCAAAGGUCUGGGAGGGGUGAUAAGUGUACCCCACAACCACGUCGAGAUAGAUACUGCAGGAGAAAGCAGACGGUACUGGAGUGGUCCAAGGACUUCUUCAGAACCUUCUGGAUCGGUAACUGACAUUUCCCUGUUAAAGUCAUUGUUGGAACAUGGUUCGGCUUUAGAAGGCUUGGAAAUACUGAGAAAGAAAACUGCCUGCGAACGACAGGGAGCUGCGCAGAUGCGUGCGCCCAACAGCAGGCCCGAAGGGUCCCCGCCUCGUCCGUAACUGCUGCUUCGUCCCUGCAGCGCAGGGGCCCUGGCUCCCAGUCCCUCCGUCGCUCAGCGCGUUCGCCUCCUCCGCCUCCAGUGCCCACAGACGGUCUCCAGGUUGUUACACCGGCGUCACUGCCAGCAGAAAACAACUUGUGACAUUCACGGACCCUUCGCAGCUUUUUUCCUUUGUUUUAGAAUACACCCUACUGCGAGCACGGGGUCGAGUUUCUAAAGUUAACCGGGUUACGCUUUCUCUUGUGUGAUCACGUCGUCAUUUGAUGUGAAUACGGUUAAGUCCAGUGAUAUUUAGAAUGAGGGCUUUAUGGCCGUCCUCGUUGAUUUCUUCUGACCAUGUCAGAUAUUAACCCGGUUAAAGUCAAAGCUAGGUGGAAGUGUACCCUCAGAUCCCUCCCUUUCCUGUCUGCCGUAGAUAACCAAGAUGUCACGCCUGUUAUUCUUUUUGCAAAAAUAACCAGCUCCAUGUAUAAGUUCUUCUUGUCCCUUGUAGAACAGAAGACACCGUGCUCUAUUCUUGGUCCCUCAACUGCUGUUCUCUAGUGAUAGAUCCUGGAAGUCACUUCCUGUCUUUCAUGGACUCCUCCCCACUUUGUUUACAGCCAUAGGAUUCCUGUGUGGAUGACAGUAGCUAUGCAGCCAGGCUCAGGGCUCUGCUGUCACGAAUAAGGAAUACGGUGGCAGUGAGGCCCCUUCUGUACAUCCGUGACACACCAGGCUUUCCGCGUGUUGUUGGAGGUGUGCCUGAGGGCCGGGUAACUGUCUUCAUAGACACUUCAAAGCUCCCGUCCAGAAGUUAGCCCCCUUUCCUCCCCAGUACGGGGUGAGCUUGCCUGUUUGUCCACAGCUGUGCCCCAGAGUGCGGGGCCAACCUUCUGAAUUUGUGCCAAUCUAAUAGAUGAGAGAUGGCAUUACAGUGUAUUUUAAAUUUGUGUUUCCAUUACUACAAGCGAAACAGCCUCUUCAUAUGUUUAAACAUCAUUUGUGUAUCUUUUGUCAUGUACUCUCUGUUCUACUCCUUGUCCAGUUUUUUAAUGAUUUGUUUGAGUUCUACAUGUUAGAAAUAUUAGCCUCUUACCCAUGAUAAAUGUUGCAAAUAUUUUCUUUCAGUAUGUCAUUGGUCAUUUGACUUUAUGGUAUUUUGCCAACAAUAAUUUUGAAAAGAAAAAUAUAGAACGCGUUAGUGAAUGUAGUAAAUAUUGUGUACACACGAACGUGAAUGAACAGUGUACCUUAUGAUGCUCAAGUUAAAAUUGAACUCUUAUUUGAAUAUCUCAAAGGAUUCCUCAGGAAUGCUUUUUACUAAAAUGGUUUUUUAAUGUAGUUAAAUUUUAUGACAAUUGUUAAUUUUUUAAAUUAAAAAUAAGGAAAAUUAAAAAUAAAUUGGGGCAGAUACAUAACGUCACAUGAGGAUAUAAAUUUCUACUGUGAAGAUUUAAGAAGUGUGGAAUCUGGUUCUGGGCAUUCUUUUUUUUUCUCAUCACUUUGGAAAAGACAGUCACAUGUGACCUUGCUGUCUGCAGUAGCUCUGUUCUGUGUGAAGUCACCACGAACACGGAGCCGGUCACCAGUCACCAGUGAGCUGAAGCUUUUAGGGAAAUGCAGGGUUGGGCUCUUGCAAACCUCUGGCCAGAACAUUCUCCACCAGUCCACACGGAACUGUGUCUUAUGUGUAUUUCUGUUUAAAGACCCUUAUUGAUAUCGCUGACUCAUUAGCAUCGAACUCGGGCCAGUGGUUCCUGUGACUCAGGCCAUUUGCGUUUUCUCCACAAGGGACGUCACAGCCUCCCUGCCUUCGGCGACACUAGAUGGCGCUGCGCGAAGGGCACAUUUUAAGUGGCACAGUCACCACCAGAACUUGGCCUCAGACGUGAGGAAUGUGGCACCAAGGGGACCUGAAGGGCAGGUUGACAGUGUGAGGGGGACCAGGGGAGUCCCCUCGCCCUGUCCCCGCCUGGGCGUGCCCGUCCGCGUGGCCUCCACCCGGCGUAGCGAGUGGGCCGGGUCUGAAAGACGAGGACCGAUGCUCCUGACGGAAACAUAUUCCUCUAAAGGAUCGAGUUGGUUUUCUGGAGACAGUCUCAGGAAAUUGAACUUACUGGAAUAUAACCAAUGACUUCACAGAGUUUUAUACAGAACUGCAAACUCAGCUUUAUUAUCAAUUUAGGACGUGUGAAAGUGUUAACAUUUUCUCCAGCAUGUUAAAGCUUUGGCGAGGUGAUGGAAUUUACCUUAGAAAUGUUAAUUCAGAAUUUUGUUCGUGAGUGAAGGCAGUAAAGGGAAAACAUCAAUUUUCACCCAGCGCCACCUUUAAGCUCUCUUCUGGAAUAACAUUAAGUUCCGAAAUCCACUUAUUUUUGUUUCAUUUAAUGUGUUCUAAGUUUCUAACAGGAAAAUAAUGAAAACAGAAAUAAACAGAUUGGCUAAAAAUGAAGUCUA